UGGGAUCUUAGGAGGCAAAGCAAUACUGUAAAUUAUGGCUUGCUGUUGGAGAGACGUAUAGACUUUUCCUCUGAAACUCAUUCUGGCUGAAGACACGGUGCCUUCUGAUUUCAAGUCUAGUCAGAAAGAUCCGUUCUAUCGGGAGAUUACAACAUGCCUCUGAGAAAUGAUUACUUAGUUUAGAAGACAGCAUUGCGAUUAAAAAUUCAUGACUGUAGAAUUAAAAAAAAAAAGAGCCCACUCUUUUCUUCCAGGCUUAUGUCAGACUUGCAAUGAAGUUAGAAUAAGCAAGUCUACAGCUACCGACUGCCUGGGAAAACUAGUUCGCAGAUCUUUUUGUAAAACUGACUAUCUUGAUGGGCAUGUAAUGUUUGAAUCUGCCUAGUUAACAGUGGCAAACUUUAUUUUUGCAUUUUGGGCAAUCAUUGGACUCUUGCAGAACUCAAGGGACAUACUUAUGAGCUUCUGGAAAGGGUCUUCAAUCCGACUCCCCAGCAUGACCUCUACAGGACCGUUCCUUCUAGCCAGCCAAGUAGCAAAAGAACACAACGUCUUCGUCUGAGGUCUCCCUUUCCCUGCUCAGUGGGCUCCCUCCAUACCGCUCUAGGGGCUUGAAGCCAGGGGUAACCUGUUCUUGUCUGAUGUUCUCUUUAGAGAAUGGCAAUGGUCUCUGCAAUGUCCUGGGUCCUGUACUUGUGGAUAAGUGCUUGUGCGAUGCUGCUCUGCCAUGGAUCACUCCAACACACCUUCCAGCAGCACCACCUGCACCGGCCAGAAGGAGGGACCUGUGAAGUGAUCGCAGCCCACAGGUGUUGUAACAAGAACCGCAUUGAGGAGCGGUCACAAACAGUGAAGUGUUCCUGUCUACCUGGGAAAGUGGCAGGGACAACAAGAAAUCGACCUUCCUGUGUGGAUGCCUCCAUAGUGAUUGGGAAAUGGUGGUGUGAGAUGGAGCCCUGCCUCGAAGGAGAAGAAUGUAAGACACUCCCUGACAAUUCUGGAUGGAUGUGUGCUACAGGCAACAAGAUUAAGACCACACGAAUUCACCCGAGAACCUAACAGAAGCAUUUGUUAUAUAAAUAGGAAAAGAACAACCUGUGGAAAACACAUUGUGAGGAUUUAAAACAUCUUCCAUACCUGCAAGUCAAAUGGAUCUCUUAUCUGCAAUUUGGUUACCAGAUAAUCACAGUGCACUUACUCUGUGAAACAAAGUAUCCCAAAAGAAGAAGACUUGGGAUUUUCUGGCAACGUCCUGGAAAAUGGCUUUUAAAACAAAAUGAGUUUUCUCUGUGAAAUUUGGGGGAUCAUGAAGAACGAUCAACCGUCUUCUGAUUUGGAACUACCAUUACUUUGUACCAUUUGAAAUAUAUAUGUAUAUAUAAUAUUUUGAAAUAUUAUAUAUUCUCUUCAAGAAAUGAACAGUACCACAAUGUGAGGUGGCUGGUGUAUCCCUUUCAGUUUUGGAUGUUUGGUCGGUUUUGUUUCAUUUGCCAUUCCUUUUUUCUCUUGGUAAGGAAGAUACAUGCCUGUGUGAGAAUCCAACAUGGCACUCUCCCCGGAAGGCCAGCCGACUCCUGGAAUCUGAGGCAUCCUAACAGUACUGAGUCAAGAGCUUCCCCCUUGUUUCUACCCGGUGACCCAAGGAAGCUCCUCGUCUUGAUUUAUUGCUUUCUAUCCUGUGCGAUAUUAGCAUGCAAGCUUGGCUUACAUAACCAUACUUUAUAUUCAAUUGAUAUAUAAUAACCGUUCUAACCUCUUCCGGGAAAAUAUUUUUAGAACUACUAGCUUUUCCACAGAUAAGCAUACGAGGAUUCUUGAGGGAGCUGCUCCACCGUGCUAUUAAGACUCUGGCAGGAUGGUAGGAUGUAGAUCCCUAUAUUAGUAAGUCCUGUAAAUACAGUGUCUUAGGGCUUUGUAUAGCUGUCCCAGACUGCAGAAGUGUCCUCUGAUUAAAUCCAAAGUCUGCCAUUGUUAACUCCAUAGUGCUGUAGCAACACGUUUUAUCAUGGCACCUCUUUCUAUGUUUGAUUUGCUUUUACCUAGAGUAUUCACCUCUCCUCUGAUGAGAUAGGAAAGCUAUGGAAGCAAUUAGGUUUCCCAGUGAUCUAUGUGACCAAGUGUUGGACAGCCCUAUUAAAGUGGUAAACAACUUCUUUCUUAACCCAGUUGUCCUCUUUGUCUGCCAUUUAGUUUUAUAGACUCUCUUUUAACUAAACCAAGAGAUCACGAGACUCUACGGAGGCCAUUAUUUCCAACAAUAAUAUUUUGAAACUUAGAAACUCAUUAAUAUGAUUGUAGUGAAAUAUCCAA